GAUGAUGGUGAUGAUGAUGAUGGUGAUGAUGAUGAUGAUGAUGGUGAUGAUGGGGAUGAUGAUGAUGAUGGUGAUGAUGAUGGUGAUGAUGAUGAUUUUCUCUUGAAUAAAACACAGAAGCUUUUGUGUGGUUUGUGAUUUGGUGACACCUCCUCUUCCUCCUUCUGUGUUUUUAUCGUGUGAAUAAAUCAAAAGAAACCAAUAAAAAAACUUUCAGGACAAAAACAGAAAAAAAAAACCGACCGUUCAACAAACAAUCAAAGAAUCCAGAAUUGAAACGAGUUCUGGACUGAAACUGUUCCUGAAAACCAGUUUAAAGACCAACAGAGACAGAUGGAGCUCACACUGAUCCUAUUAACACACACACAGAGAGAGAGAGAGAGAGAGACACACACACACACACACAGAGAGAGAGAGAGAGAGAGACACACACACACACACACACACACACACAGACAGACACACACACAGAAAGAGACACAAACACACACACACACAGAGACAGAGAGAGAGAGAGAGACACAAACACACUCACUCUCUCACACACACACACUCUUGUUUUUAUGGAUCAGAUCUGGUCCUGAUGAAACUCUUCACAGCUGUUUCGUUCGUUUAUCGUGUGUGUGUCUGAUCUGAAGAUUUGAAAACACACCUGCAGUGAUGUCAACAGUGAAAGGAGUGAAAGCGACCUGCUCGCUGUUUGUUUCAGGUUCAUUUUUACUGAAUCAGUGUCUCUGUCUGCAGUUUGGGGGCUUUUGGUGCCCUCAGACUUGAUUUGAAAGAAUGAAUGAAAGGAAAUAAAGACAGAGCAGAAAGGUGGGAGGGUUUUCAGCCUGAGUCUAGCCUCUUAGGCAGCAUCUCCUUCACUGUGAUUGGAGCACUCUACCCCCCUUAACAUGAUGAGGGGAAACGGAAGAAACAAAAGCAUGUGAUUGGUGGAGCUGGUGUGAGGCGGUCCACAGCCUGUGAGACCAAGUUCAGGGUGAAGAAAAUCCUGUGACAUCUCAGUGGGGAUGAGGAGGCUUAAAGCAGAUUACAGUUUAUAACAGCAGCAGAAGAAGAAGAAGAAGAAGAGGAGAGCACCGAGACCAGCACAGAGAACAGAGAACAAUCAGGACCAACUGGAUUAACUGGAUCAAAAAGGACCAAACUGGACCUAACUGGACUAACUGGACUGGCAACAACCUGUAGGAGCAGAAACCAGCUGCACUGAGCUGGGAGGUGAAGGUGGAGGGUUUAAGCAGGCUGAGCUGGGCUGAACUAGUCCUCGCUGGUCUGUGCUGGUCUGAACGGGUCUGGGGAGCAGGAAGAGGUCUGGAUGGACGGUUUCCAGGUGUACGGGGCAGGGAAGGCGGGUGGAGCUUUCGACCCACUGACCUUCAUUAGACAGCCUCAGACUGUGGUGAGGAUCCUCUGCUGGCUCUUCUCCAUAGUGAUCCUUGGCUGCAUUGCUAACGAGGGUUACAUUAACCGUCCCGAAGAGGUUGAGGAGUUCUGCAUCUUCAACCGCAACCAGAAUGCCUGCAACUAUGCCGUCUCCAUGGGAACGCUGUGCUUCCUUUGCUGCACCGGUUUCCUGGCGCUGGACAUUUACUUUCCUCAGAUCACUGGUGUGAAGGACAGGAAGAAGGCCGUCAUGGCCGACAUCGGGGUGUCCGCUCUCUGGUCUGUGGUCUGGUUUGUGGGGUUCUGUUUUCUGGCCAAUCAGUGGCAGGUUUCUAAAGAAGAAGACAACCCUCUGAACGAAGGAGCCGAUGCUGCCAGAGCCACCAUCAUCUUCUCCUUUUUCUCUGUCUUCACCUGGGGAGGUCUCACUCUGCUGUCGCUGGAGCGUCUGAAGAGAGUCUCAUUUGAAGAAGAAUACAACAAACUGUUCAGCCCACCACUCGCCUGAAGCACAAACACACACACACACACACACAGGUCCUAACGUUACUUCUCUCCAUCAGCCAAUCAGAGACACGUCUUCCUGUGCUUGCUGCCUCCUCAUCAGCUGAGUCUACACUCUCAUUGGCUGCUCUAAGUGCCUGUCAUUCAAAGUGCCUUCCUGUUGCCAUGGUGACAGAAUGACAUUUUCUUCCUCAGAUGUGCUGGUGCUGAUUUCUAAACUUCAACCUAUAAACUUUUUGUUGUGUUUUUAUUAUUAUUAUUAUUAUUGUUGUUGUUGUUGUUGUUGUUGUUGUUAUUUCUGUGAUGUCAUGAUGUUACAUCUCAUUUUCUGAUUAAAGACAAUGACUUAAUGAUCUUUGAUGAAAUGCGCGAUGAAGAUUAAAGUUCCAGACACUGAAACUGAGUUUUAUAUGAAGAGUUAAUGGACACCUCUGCAUUUCUUCAGUAUACAUACAUGUCUGCCGUCUAUAGAACAUAUACACUGAUCAUAAAAUGAAUUGUGCAUUCAGUUUCUUCUUCUAGAUUUUAUUUGAGUUGUUUUCAGUGUCAUGUUUAAAGUGUGACAUCAUCUCGAAAAAGAUGUUCCGAUUGAAGUGAAUGAACAUUUUGUUUGUCACAAAACUGUGAGUGAGAUGGAUUAUCUGAAGCUCGUCAGUCCAACAGGAAACUGACACGAGGCUCAUUGUGACACCUGCUGACCAAUAAGAUACACUGAACACAUGAAGGCUAAAACAUUCAUUUAAUGCAUAUAUUUAACGUUAGUAUUAUUGGCCAAACUAUCAGCACCUGCAGAGCGUAAAGACGUCAGCUUCGACAUUCACACGGUGUCCAUUCACAUUUAAAGUCCUGCUUCGACUUAAUAAUAACUGUAAGUUAUUAACAGAGUAAGAAAAGAAAAAUUUGUCUUUAUCCUACAAAAACAACCACCGUGUGUCGCUGCAAACAGCCAGAUGUUAGAAAGUGACUGAUGGUUGUAGUUUCUUCUUCUCCUUCUAUCAUUAAUCAAUCAUUAAUAUUUCAGGAAACCGAAAACUGCAACUACACGCGUCAACAUUAUCACUGUCACCCCCCUCCCCAGUUAUUAUGUAAAAAAAAAAGAGACCAUAUUAUCUAAUAAAGAAAAUCAUAAUUAGAAAAAUUGGCAGUUAAGUAGCAAUUAGCAGAAAAACAUGAGCAAUCAUCAUAAUUGUGGUUACAGAUCUUCAGGUCUACUGAAGCAUUCUGUGUGGAACCUGUAGGGGGCACCACAAAUACCAAAAUGUGUCCCGCCCCGCGGAAAGAAUGCACCGGUUGAGUGUUGGUGCUCUGGGUCAAGUAUUCGGCCUAUCACAUACUCGCUUUUAACUCGGGAUGGCAGAUCCUGAGCAGACCGCAGACACCCUGCGAUCCUUCCGGAAAAUUCACUUCCAGUUCUGUUCAUGUCCGACGAAGAGGAGACAAAUGGUGGGACUUUGGGUAAUUACUGAAAUGCUGCAGGCUUUGUGAUGAUGAAACAAGUGUGUGAGUGGACUUCUUCUUUAAACAGCGUGACGUGAAUGAAGGAAGUAAAGUUUUAUGAUUCUGAUCAUCUGUGUGUCUGCAGGCUGUCCAGUGCCUACUGGCCGUCCACAGGUUCAAACUGGGAGCUGAUUCUGUCAUAUUCAAUCAGGAGUACGUCGACCCCAACCAACAGGAAGCUCUUGAUGAGGCCCCGCCCACCGAGGAGUAGAGAGGUGGAGCCUAAUGGACAUGAUCUCAUUUAUGUCAUCAUCCUCAACUCAGACGACACCAACAUGGAGGAACAUUUCAUCACAUAGGACAUAAAGUUUCAGUUCUGAGAUUCUGAAACAACCCAGUUUCAUAAUUUCAUGAUGACGCUCAACCAGGGGCCAUGGGUUCUUUGUCAGCAGCCAAUCACAGUUCAGAACACAACUAACAUGUUGACACUCUAAAAAAUUAUCUUGAACCCAUAAAGAGAGAUCACCGUGUUAGCAGCAGACGCUAACAAGCCAACCAGAGCUAGCAAGUUAGCACUGAAGGCUAAAAAGCCAGUUAACUGACAUUUGCGUUUUUAUGACAGACUCGUAAACGGAUCACAAGGGACGACUGAAAUAUUAUCUGUUACUCAGAUACUGAGCUUGACUAGCUCUCCAGCUAACUGUAGUUAGCACUGUUACUGUGCUUUCUAGCCAGUGGAAAAUGUGUGGUUAGAAAACUGUUUGGCUAAAGUUAGCACUUAUUAUGUUAUUAUUAUAGAGUUUAGUUUGUUUAUUUACUGAUCGACUAUUAGAGACAGAGUAAAGUAAAUGAAUCCGAAAAUGUCAUUUAGACAAAUUAUGACCUGCAACACUUGACUACAGGUUAGGACUAAUGAGCUGAUUACUGUGACAUAUCAUGAAAAGGUAUGUGGUUACACAAAACAGCUGGCAGGUUCGCUACACUACAAACAAAAUGAAGUUCAUUAAAAUGUAUGCCUUCAGCCAGCAGCUUCAUUUAAACCUGAAAAUAUCCCACAUCUUUCACAUGUUAUCUGUAUUAUUGAACUUCUACAGCCAGCUUUGGAGUUUAGCAUCAGCUUUUCAACAUCCAGCAUUCACAGUUUCAUCAGAAAUUUAUCUGGUGAUGACUGAAGUUAAAUUAAAAUUCAAACACAGUUAGAAUAUUUGUAAUUAACUUUUUGUUCUUUGUUUUGUUGUUAAAAUUGCCCCCUCCUUCAUUUGGUGGAACACUUGGAAAUGUUACACUGACCAAAAACAGUUCGAAAAGUUACCAGCCUGUUCUGGGGUUCUUCACUGGAACCUUCUCUUGUUAGCUGGGAUGUGAUAUAAUGCUGCAUGUUACAGAUAUUAUGAAGUAAAAACAGCGAUGCUCUCGGGGCUGACCUCCAUCUCUGGUGAGCUCUGCAAAUGACAUUUUGUUGUAUCUUCAGUGGCACCGUCCCAAAUCACAUACUUUUUCUUUUUAUUUCAAACUUAAUGCUACGCAUGUAUGCUGGAACAGAUGGUGCUCCUCCUGCUGGUCAGAGGAGGGAACUAACCUUUCUUACAGUUUAACAAACAUGUUUACUUGUAAAUUUUUAACACUCCAACAUCACACUCACACCGAGUGAACGGAGCUGCAGCUGCUUUUCAUCUCAAGUAUUUUUACUUUGUGGUUUGUCUGAUAACGAAGUCAAUAAAAGUCUGU